AUGAGGAUUGUCACAAAAGGAGGCUCCAGAGAUGAUGAUCCCAUAGAGACUGUGAUAGUGCUGGAAGGCAUCAAGCACUUUCUGUACACUGGCCAGGAUCCUAACUGGGAAUCAGCUGAUGUCCAGGACGACACAUUUAGCCACCUUCUUUACACUGGCCAGGAUCCUAACUGUGAAUCAGCUGAUGUCCAGGACGACACAUUUAGCCACCUUCUGUACACUGGCCAGGAUCCUAACUGUGAAUCAGCUGAUGUCCAGGACGACACAUUUAGCCACCUUCUGUACACUGGCCAGGAUCCUAACUGUGAAUCAGCUGAUGUCCAGGACGACUCAUUUAGCCACCUUCUGUACACUGGCCAGGAUCCUAACUGGGAAUCAGCUGAUGUCCAGGACGACACAUUUAGCCACCUUCUUUACACUGGCCAGGAUCCUAACUGUGAAUCAGCUGAUGUCCAGGACGACACAUUUAGCCACCUUCUUUACACUGGCCAGGAUCCUAACUGUGAAUCAGCUGAUGUCCAGGACGACACAUUUAGCCACCUUCUGUACACUGGCCAGGAUCCUAACUGGGAAUCAGCUUAUGUCCAGGACGACACAUUUAGCCACCUUCUGUACACUGGCCAGGAUCCAGAUCCCAGGAAGAGUCACAUGAACCUGGACACUGUAUUCAAUGCAGAAGAUGCAACGCAGGCUGCUGAUUUCUUCACUCUGCUUGACUUGUGAAGACAGUUAAAUAUCAUUCAUUAUUUAUAUUUAUUAAAUAAUUCUAAUCUUUAUGCCAUCUCUUGUAUUAUUCUGAAUCAUUUCUUUAAUAAAAAAUACAUAAAACAUGAAUAUACCAAUAGCUCUUGCAGAGGCAUUUAUUAUAUCAAAUGCAAUGUGAUAUUUGUAUGAAUUUAAAAUUUGUACAUCAGUCUAAUCAUAACUAUUGUUAUUUAAGAAUAACUUUUAAAAAAUUGCAUGUAUUGAUAAUUAAUUUUAGAUUGAAAUAUAAAUUUAGUGCUACUUUGACAAGUAUUAUUUUAAUGCAAAUUUGACUUAGCAAUAAAUUCUAACCACAUCUUAAAGGUGAAUGUAUGAAACAAUGCACAGAAAAGUGCGGCCUGAUGCACGAAAUGUACCAAAUGAUUUAUUCAACAAAGUAAUUUAUUUUUUGUAGCUUCUAUACACUUAUUUGGUAAAGUUUUAAUUAUGAACAACGUUCUAAUAUUUAACAAAAGAUCUGAAACAAGAAUCAAUGCAGUAGAAUAUUGAAUAUGCCCAGUUUUGCCUAAGAACUAUAUAUAGGCUGAUGGUGGUGUAGAAAAUGCAUGAAGCUUUAAACAGUGCCCUAGAGGUUUAACUUACAGAAACUGGUCAGUCAUUGCAAUGUGCUCUGAGCGGAUAUCAUUUGGAUGAUAUUGAAUUUAUUUUCCUGCACACAGAGCAGUAAAAGAGAGACAGUAGUGAAUCUUGAAUAUUAUUUUUUAGCUUUUCUUCACAAACACUUGCUCAUACAACUUGAAAAUAUACAUAAUAAUGUGAACUUUAGACUAUGCAUAUAGUCAAGUUAAAAUGUGUGUGUGGACAAAAACUCUUAAAAGUAGGGAAAUAAAAAUGUAAGUAUUAAAAUGUAAAGUAUAAGUUUUACUUUAGUGUCUAAAUAAAUUAUAUCUGUUCAUUUAGUAAUGUACAUUGUGGUUAUUUAUAUAAGCGUGUGCUUCCCCAACAGCCUAGCUUUGGUCCAGAUCCGAGCAAGAUCCGGUCCGCUUGUGCCAGAUUUGGCCCGGAUCUGAGCCACGCUACGUUGUUGUGUUGCUCGCCUCAAAUAUGCAUAAGGAUUGUGUAAAGUCUGUGUUUACACUAAUGCACAAAUAUUUAAAUAUAUAUGUGAGGGUUUUUAGUACAUGUGUCAUGUUAUUUUUACCUGUAAGCUACUAGCAUCGAGUUUGCCGUUAGAAACCAUCAUCUCUCUGUGAACAACUUUAUUCUGAGCUCAUUUGAAGCUGCUGUCUAUAACUUUUUCCUCUGUCACCAAAAUUGUAGCUUUGUAGCUGUAAAAUCAUGACUGAAAGCUCAAAUGUAAACUUUUUUUAAAUAAAUUUUUAGUUGAGAUUCCAGUAAAGGGGAAAGUUUACUGCAUUAUAGAACACAUAUAACUGAUUUUUUGUUAUGUUUCUGUUAUUAGUGUUUUGUGUUACAUUUCCUUGUGACUCAAUCAGAACGUUCUGCAUUGAAAUGAUAUGGGGAGGACGUAGAUGAACUCUGAAAAUAAUAUGACACAAAAUGUAAAGGUAACAUAAUGUAAAUGUUAUGCUAUAUGUUUAUAAAUGCCCAUCUUUCAGUGCAGCAGCAAAAAGUAAACAAGCUGUGCAGAAUUUUGGACAAUGUGAGAAGCACUUACAGGUAACAAUUUACAAUAUAUAUAUUGUCUUCUUCUUGAA